AGUUUUUUUUCUAACACGCCUGGACACGAGUCGCGCAACAGAAGUGGCGAUGCAAACUAUGUUGGCGUUGCUGUUAAUUAAUUUUGUGGUUCCAAAAGAAAAACAUAGGAAUUAUAGCUUACUCUCCUUUUCUUUUCUGCAGUCCCUCAGUAUCUUCGCCCCCUCCUUCUCUCUCUCUCUUUUCUCUCCUGCGUUUAUAAAUUCCAUCCCUUUCACGUACUUUCUCAUCCUGUCUUCUUGAAAAUCGCCACUUUUUCAGCCAUAAAGAAAAGAAGAGCAAAUGGCCACCAUUUUCCAGGGAUUAGGAGGUGGAGCUGCUACAGCUUUAACCAAUUCCUUCGAUUCAAAGAAAUUGCUUUUGCCUUCCACUCGCAGAUCCCACUCGGAGAGGAAAGUGAGCUUUUCGGUGGUGAGAUCUGAUGGGAGCGUGAACCUGAAUCUUGGGGGUUCUAGCGCUAGAGCUCGCAGGGUUGAUCAAUUGAUUACAAAUGCAGUUGCAACAAAGGCUGAUAGUUCUGCAGCUUCCUCUACAUCGAAACCAGGGCAUGAACUGCUACUUUUUGAGGCCCUCCGAGAAGGUUUGGAAGAGGAAAUGGACAGAGAUCCCCAUGUCUGUGUCAUGGGUGAAGACGUGGGUCAUUAUGGAGGUUCUUACAAGGUGACCAAAGGCCUGGCUGAUAAGUAUGGGGAUCUCAGAGUUCUUGACACCCCUAUUGCUGAGAACUCCUUCACUGGUAUGGGCAUUGGAGCUGCCAUGACUGGCUUGAGGCCAAUUAUCGAGGGCAUGAACAUGGGAUUUCUUCUUCUAGCCUUCAACCAGAUCUCAAACAAUUGUGGCAUGCUUCACUAUACAUCAGGUGGCCAGUUUACUAUACCAGUUGUCAUUCGCGGGCCUGGGGGAGUUGGCCGACAACUUGGAGCUGAGCAUUCACAACGCCUUGAGUCAUAUUUUCAAUCAAUCCCGGGAAUCCAAAUGGUUGCAUGUUCAACCCCUUACAAUGCCAAGGGCUUGAUGAAAGCUGCAAUCCGAAGUGAGAACCCAGUCAUACUGUUUGAGCAUGUCUUGCUUUACAACCUCAAGGAGAGAAUCCCAGACGAAGAAUACAUUUGCAAUCUCGAGGAAGCUGAGAUGGUUAGGCCUGGAGAGCAUGUCACUAUCUUAACCUACUCCCGGAUGAGAUAUCAUGUGAUGCAGGCUGCCAAAACCUUGGUAAACAAGGGAUAUGAUCCUGAAGUAAUUGAUAUCAGAUCAUUGAAGCCAUUUGAUCUUCAUACGAUAGGAAAUUCUGUGAAGAAGACACAUCGUGUUUUGAUUGUGGAGGAAUGCAUGAGAACUGGUGGUAUUGGUGCUAGCUUGACUGCAGCUAUCACUGAAAAUUUCCAUGACUACUUGGAUGCUCCAAUCGUGUGCUUAUCUUCACAGGAUGUGCCAACACCUUAUGCCGGGACAUUGGAGGAAUGGACAGUGGUUCAACCUGCCCAGAUUGUGACUGCAGUUGAGCAGCUUUGCCAGUAGUUACCCUUAACAGUAGCAUACAUAGUCCUUGCUAUUGCAGAAGACUUGGCAAGUUCCUCUAUUCUUCUUCUCAGCUUCGUCCAAAACUGUUAUUGAAUUUACUCUGUUGAGAAAUUUUGUGUUGUUGAAACUCUCAAUUGCUACAGUCCUGUCAAGGUGAGGUUUUCAGUCUGUUCUUGUUUGCUCUUAUUGGAAGUAAAGCAAAUAUUAUGCAUAUGCGACCACUGCCCAAUUGUUGUGUGUAAUGUCCUCAGUUACAUGGGGGUAAUAAAAGUAAGAGAGGCCCAUUCGGACUUCA